AUGCUGGCUUUCUACUGGACCUUCUUCGACCUUACCGGUCAUCGAACGGUUCGGAAGUUCUUGUUGUUCACGACUGCCUUCGUCAUUGCCUGCUAUUCGACGACUCUCCUAGACGACACGUUCUUCUGCGGCAAAGACGUCUCUGUGCAGUGGUCUCAAGAGAGAGGCGCAUGCUCGGUGUUCUAUGCUCAGGAGCCUUUCAUCCUAAACUUCACGCUCGGCCUGACCUGCUAUCUGAUCAUUUAUAUGCUCCCCACGACCCUCCUUAUACAAGGCAUCCUCAAGACGUCCACUGCAGUCGUUCUAACUCUUGCUAUGGGAGCACUUCCCAUAGUCACAGGCAUCGUUCGCUUCAUCUGCCUCAAAGUUGGGACGGGCCAGGGGAACCUUGUUUACAUCCUCAGCAUGGUCGAGUUGGCCCUCGCCAUUAUCGUCGCCUCCUUACCUGGACUGAAGAUACUUUGGCUGAGGGACUCCAGAGGCAGGAAAAGAGGUUUGACGGCCACAACAGAGCUUGGAGAAGACACAAAGUCGUCGGAGUCGGGCACAGCACGAAGGGUUACGACCGAGCAAGUUUGA